UAAAUUUUGAUUUUUUUUCUCUCUAUCUCUUGACCAACACCACCAUGUCUGACGAUGGGGCCAAGGCAAAUGCAGCGAGGGAUAUCACGUUUGGAUCUAUUGCGGGGAUGAUUUCAAAGGUGUUUGAGCAUCCGUUUGAUCUGGUCAAAGUGAGGUUACAGUCUCAGCCCGGGGACGCACCUGCAUCGUUCAGUGGACCGCUGGAUUGCUUUAAACAGACGUAUGGGAAGGAAGGAUGGCGGGGGCUGUAUAGGGGCUUGUCGAUGCCUGUUAUCGGCGCUAUGGCGGAGAAUGCGACACUGUUUUUGGUCUACAACAAGUGUCAAGAUGCCAUCGUUGCGGCGUCGUCGUCGUCGCCGGGAGUUUCGGAAAAGGUGUUGGGGAAGAGGAGAGAGCUGAGCACGCCAGAGUUGGCUUUGGCCGCCGGAGCUGCAGGCGCGUGUGCGAGUUUUAUCUUGACACCGAUUGAGCUUAUCAAGUGUCGGAUGCAGGUGCAAAUGUUGGUGAGGGAGGCCGGCAUGAGCGCCAGCACGGGCGGCCCAGCGAGUAGCGCAAGGACUUUGGGAACUGUCGCUCCACCCGAAGGCCCCCUUUCUCUCAUCUUUUCCACCCUUCGUACCCAAGGCAUCCGUGGACUCUGGCUCGGACAACUGGGGACACUUUUCCGAGAAACUGGAGGAUCUGCCGCGUGGUUCACAACUUACGAACUCGUCUCUGGUUGGUUCCUUUCUCGGCGACAAGCGAUGGUCGCGACCCCUUUGGUCAAGUCUGAUCUCCCGACAUGGCAACUCAUGGCAUCGGGCGCAGCGGCAGGAGCAGCGUACAAUGUCAUCCUUUUCCCUGCGGACAGUGUCAAAUCGUCCAUCCAAACGUGGGCCGAAUUACAUCCUGAUAAGCCGAGAUUGGGUUUCUUGGCAAUGGGUCAAAAGAUUUGGAAGACGAAAGGGAUCAAAGGGUUGUAUGCGGGAUGUGGGAUGACAGUGUUGAGGAGUGCGCCGAGCUCGGCCAUGAUAUUCUUCAUCUAUGAGACGCUGCAGGGGAGGUUUGGCAGGUAUUUUGAUUAGCGCCUGUGUGGAUGUACAAUUGGAGCAUGAUUGUGUGCUGAUGGCUAAAGGUGCCUCACACAGACGAUCUCCCUCCUGUGUACUCACACAAGGCUGUGCCCAACCAAGUCAACCUUAUAAGGCUCUACCCACUCAAGGACAUGUUGCUCAUCCUCACAGGGCUCUGCCCACUCAAGACACAUUGCUGCACUCAUCCUCACAAGGCUCUACCCACUCAAUUUCCCGCAAAGGCUACCCACAUCCCACUAGCAUCCUUCAAACGAUCCCUUCCCAAUUUAUCCCUUCAAAGCAGCCCUUCGAAGUGGUCGCUCCACAGGAUAUAAGAACAUGGCAGCAGAUGUGCUCUUCUUUCCCCCCUCCCCCCCCCCCAUCUCUUCAC